UCCGUGUCCGCUGCCCCUGUAGUGGAGAAGCAAAUUGACUACACAUGUCAAGAGGGUACAAACACACUUGAAGCACCAUUUGGAGCAGUGAAUCCCCAAUGUGAUAAGAGCUGGACCACUGGCAAAAAGGUAAUCUAUUAUAUAUGUGGUCAUGACAAGUAGAUACAAUGUGAAGUCAGACAUUUUUAUUAGUACUAUUUUUUUUUUUACAUAUCACCAUUGGUGGUAUCAUCAACGAUAUGCAGAGGGGCAGGAGCCAAGUCAGUUGAGACAUGACAUAUGAACAAUUAUUUUCUUACUGCAGCCCAUUGCCUACUACGAAAAUGGCAAAGGUGAAUGCAGUUUUUCAUGCAAGGAGGUAUUCUCUGGCAAAGUCAUCCUCAGUGAAUGUCCCGAUGUCACAUUAACUAUUGGUUGCACCACCAAGGUAGGUCAACUCAUACAAUUCAUCUUCCUCUCCUCUGUUACUGCCUGCCAAGUGCCAACCUAGUAAAAAUGUCUAAAUUUCGACCCCUUUCUUUCUCUUUCACAGAAUGGGGAAUAUGAAGAGACCAAGCUGCACUUCUCA